CAGAUAUCCACCCAUUUUCUCUGUAGCACAUGGAGCAGCCGUGAGGCCUGUCUGCACCGGUCAGACGUGAAUAUCCGCUACGCGAGCAGAGCCUAGAGCAGGAAAAGGCCGGUAGUGCAGCUUUCUCCGGAGCGAGUGCCACGACGCUGACACACCACUCUGUUCAGGCUCGCAUAUUAAGCAUCCUAUGAGAUUCUGUUCAAGAUGGCGGUGCAGGCAGCGGAGAACGACGGGAUAGUUUUGCAGAAUGUGGAGAAUGACCACCUCAAUGACUCUCUGGAGAACCCUGGUAUCAUCUCUCCCGACAAGGAGGAUAUAGCGCGUCUUUCUGUACCAUUCAGUGGACGCAUACGAGGUGGAAUGCGCCCAGGGAAGAAGAUCAUAGUGAUGGGAAUUGUGGACUUGGAGCCAAACAGUUUCGAUGUGAGCCUAACCUGUGGACGUGACUCUGAGAAAGAGGACCCUCCAUGUGACGUCGCCCUAAAACUCACCGCCCGAUUUAGUGAGCGCAGGUUCCUACGCAAUGCCCGAGUGUCUGGCAAAUGGACUGAGGAGGAAGCCUCUACUGAUUAUUUUCCAUUCAUACCAGACCAACCUUUUAGGAUUGAGAUCCACUGUGAGCACCAGCGGUUCCGGAUAUUUGUGGAUGGACACCAGCUAUUUGACUUUUAUCACAAAGUAAAGUCUUUGUCUUCUAUUGAUACAGUACGGAUAGAUGGAGAUCUACAGAUCACCAAGCUCGGCUAACCUCGCUUAGAUCUGUGCAACGCAAAGACUUUAUCACCUGUAAACACAUAUAAGCCAGUCAUCAGUAUCACCAUCACCAAUGGCAACUGUUAACACUGCAGCAAAGAACCAACUUUAGGGAUUAUUAAUUAAGAAAUGUUCUAUAUAAGGCUUUGGAAGUAAUCGUGACAUUCGGGGUCUUUCUUUAUGUUGCCAUUUUUUGUUAGAUGACAGAUAUCUUGGUCUUCUUCAUAAUUAAAAAAGUUUGUGGUAAAACUACAUAGGGAUCCUAAAGAAUGAACUUGAGGGAUGACUUUUAGUUUGACACAUUUCCCCUGAAACUUAGUUGUAUUUAUAAAGACGAUAUUUGCAGUCUGAACAGGGUUUGACUAGUAGUUGAAUUUUAUUUUGACAGUAUUCCCUAAUACAGUUUUUAAGCACCGUUUGUUCUUUAUUUCUGACGACGUACAGCAGUGUUCUCCUAAAGGCUAUGCCGUCUUUUGGGUUUGUUCCAGUUGUCAUGGCAACAUGCUGCAGUCCUGGCUCGACCUAAUUUUCCCAAAAUGAGGAUUAUAACUGGCAUUCCACACUCCAUGUCUUUUUAAAACAUGUAGCUCUUGAGUCCCUUUUGCUGAUUCUAGCUCACAUGUCAUUGUUUACACUAGUAGUGGGUGAGUCUCUUUAGUGGUCAUGUAAACUUCAUCUAAUCAAGCUAUAACUACCUUUUUCAGUAAGAAGUGACUUUAACUGUGUUGGGAGCAGGAAUCUGAAUGUACAUUGUUCAUGUUUGUAACAAUAGGGGAAAUCAUUUGUGGUGAGGUUACAUAGUGUCACUUAUUUGGAUUAGUGACUGUUCUCACUUGUAGGACCCUGCACAGUAGGUCUUUGUAUUUUGGAUCAUUUCCAUUGCAGCAUCCUGUCUGCAUUAAGGCUUGUACAAGACAUUCCUUCAUAGACGCUAUAAGGGAGCAUUCUUGAAUACAUGUCUGUGACCGAGGCCAAGUAUGCAAAAUUAAAUAUAGACUUCUUAAGGUGCUUCAUUAUCAUUCCAUCCUACCUUUUAUUAGGAUAGACUAAUAUUGAACAAAUUUGAUUUAUUUCUGUUUUCCUCUUGGUCUCUAGUAGUGUAAGGUAGCAUCAAAGGUACGGGUGGAAAUCUCAUGUAUUACACAAUAUAUAGCUAGUACAUUAUUUUCUUUGAAAAUAUGUGUUUUAUGACAGAUAUAUUUUUUAUUUUGCAAAAUGCGUACUUGAUUUUACAACAGUAAUGGUUUAAAUGGGUAUGGAAUUACAAGUGGUCAUCAUAACUCCAGUAUUAACAAAACUGCAUGUGAAACUUUUAUGGUCUGUGUGAUUAAUUUACCAGUGACUCUCAAUUUCUGUUAUAUAGCACAAACUGAAAUGUUCUAAUGUUAUCCUAGUUUUGUUUUUUAUUCUUAAAUGAAUGUUGCUCCUUUGUAAAUGGAUGUUGCCUACGGUGAACAGUAGAGUCUGUUUUUGAUCAGUUAAAGAAGUUAAACCAUUUUGCACUCUGAUAAUUGAAACUUAAUUACACUUUUUAAAUGAACUAAUGAGUUAAUUUGCUGUGGUUGUUUUUGACCCUACAAAAUUCUGUGUAUUUUGUUUUGUAAGGAAGGUAACAUACUCUUUGUCAUGUCAUAUUCUACAAUGUGCUAUGAUCUGGUGAGUCCAGUCUCAAAGGUGUUACAAGUGUUGUAUAUUGUAUUUUGUUUUAUUUAUUCAUACUAACAAUUAGGCUUAAUUAUUUUUAAAUUAAAUUUCAUUCAGCCUAUUAUAA